GGAAAGUUUUUUUUGUGUUAGUUUCUUGUGAACUUUGUGAGUGAGAAAAUGAAUAAAUCGCACGGAGGAAGUCAAAAGUUAUGUGAAGAAAAAUUCUAUCCAAAGUAUGAUGAAGGGAUUUGGUUGCGUUCGUGUGAAGAAGAAAUUCUCGAUCCGAUUGAAGGGAAAAUUUCCGGAAUAAUUCCUUUGUGGCUCAAGGGGAGUCUUCUGCGGAAUGGCCCAGGGAAGGAGGCUUUUGGAAGCGAUCACUUUCAGCAUCUCUUUGAUCAGUCAGCCAUCCUCCAUCGAUUUACCAUUGAGAGUGGUUCAGUACGGUAUCAGUGUCGUUUCUUGCAGACAGAGACCUUCUGCAGGAAUUCCUCAUCUAAGAGAAUCAUUGUCACGGAAUUCGGGACGAGUGGUGCAAAUGAUCCUUGCAGGACGAUAUUUGCAAAAAUGGCCUCUGUAUUUAAUCUCGGAGAAAGUUCCUCAGACAAUGCCGUUGUGUCCAUAUACCCACUUGGUGAUGAACUUUUUGCCUUCGGAGAGUGUCCAGCGAUCUUUAGUAUUGACCCAGAAAGUCUCAAGGCAAAGGAGAGAAUUAAUUUAAAUGAAGAUUUUGGGAUAGUUCAUCACACCUCACACCCACAUAUCCUUCCCGAUGGCACAGCCUUCAACUUGGGGACAAUUGCAACGGCUUUUGGACCCAAAUACUGUAUCAUCCGCUUUCCAGAGCAAAGAACAUUCACAGAUGCCAAAAUUGUGGCUACUCUGCCUGUUCAGAGGAAGCUCCAUCCAAGUUAUAUGCACACAUUUGGCAUCACAGAGAACUUUUUUGUUCUCGUGGAGCAGCCUUGGGUGAUUUCGACUUGUAGACUAGCAAAGGCUUCUUGGAAGAACAGUCCAGUUGUGGAGGCGAUGAAGUGGUUUGGUGGACGUAUGACUAAAAUUAGGCUCUUGUCCAGGAAAUCAGGAAAACUCCACAAAACCUUCUACGCUGAAGCGUUCGCCUUCUUCCACAUAAUAAACUCCUUUGAAGAAGAGGAUCACUUAAUCAUUGAUAUCUGUUGCUAUGAUAAUCCAGACAUUCUCAAUGGAUUGUUCAUGGAUAGUUUGCGUGGUAUGCAGACCAAUCCAAACUACAGUUCAAUGUUCAAAAGCAAAUGCCUGAGAUUUGUUCUUCCUCUCAAGCUCGACACAUCCUGUAAAUCUUCAGGAUCUUCAAAAUACCGUAAAAGGGAAAGAACAAAUCUCGUAACUCUCCAUGGAAGCUCAGCUAGAGCAUGGAUACAGGAGAAUGGAAGAAUCUUCUGCAUUCCCGAAGAGCUUUGCAAAAUACCUUGUGAUCUGCCGAGAAUAAAUUAUGAGAAAUUUUCUGGGAAGCCUUAUCGCUAUUAUUAUGCCCUUGGGCAGGAUUUUUGUGAUCCUGGAAAGUUAAUUAAAGUUGACGUUAAAACCAAGACGUGGAUCACGUGGAAUGAAGAAAAUACCUUCCCAGGUGAACCAGUCUUUGUGGAAGCUCCAAAUCCCACCUCAGAGGAUGACGGAGUGAUUCUAUCAGUGCUACUUUGGGGCUCUAAACAGGAGAAUCGUGUUGGUCUUCUCAUUCUCUGUGCCAAGACGUUCAAAGAAUUAGGACGGUGUGAAUUUUCCACCCCAGGCCCUGUGCCGAAGUGCUUCCACGGAUGGUUUGCACUGUCGGAAAAAUGAGGAUUAUGAUAAAGGAGUUUAUUCGUUUCUAUACGAGAAAUUUCUUCAUUUGAGGAAGUAAUCGAGACAAGCCUAAUUUUGCAGAAGAUACCAAAAAAUAAUAAAUUGGGAAUCGUCAAAGAAACUUUUUAUUUUUCACUGGGAUUAGCAAUGAAAAGAUAACAAAAAAUUACCCAAAAAUACAAUCAAUGACGUUAUAAUUGUGUCUUUUCAAGUGUCUUUUGUUAUUCCUUUCAAUGAAUAAAGCACUUGUGCUAA